CCAGCUUUUCAGUUCUUGCACCUUUUCUACCCUCGCAUAUCGUCUAUCCGAGACAAUACAAUUCUUUUCCCCUCACCCCAUUCCAACCCCAACAACUCCCACCACGCGCGUCACAAACAGUCCUUCAGAACCAAAACCAAAAACAAAACCAUGCUCCCCCCACCAACCCCCUCCUUCCAAACCCGCAAAUCCAGAAUCCUCUCCCAGCUCUCCGUCCCCGACGCCGAGUACACCGACGCCUCCCCCAAGGGCUCGGUCGACGUGGCCAUUCGCGAGCUGAUUGACGAGAUCAACCAUGGGUACGAAGGGCUGGUGACGACGAGCAGUUGCGCGGGGAGGGUGAGUGUUUAUUUGGAGGGUGUGAAGAGGAAGAAGCAGGAGGAUAAGAGUUCCAGUGGUGGUGAUGGUGGUCAGGGAGAGGGUGGGAAAGACGGAGAGGAAGAAGAGGGGGGUGAAUUGGAAGAUGCGGCAAGGGCAGCUACGGUGACGGCUAGUUCCUCUGGAGGUAAAGGCGGAGGGGAGUGGUUGUUUGUUUCUCAUGAUCCGUUGGAGACGGUUGAUCCGAGCACGGGGAGGGAGCAUGAUGGGAAGCAUUGGAUGGAGGUUUUUGGGUUGACUGGUGGGAAUGGGUCUGGGACUGAGUCUGGGGAUGGGGAUGGCGAAGAGCAGCAAGAGCAGCAGCAGCGGUUGAUUCACUUCAAGUUUGAACCCAUGAUCCUCCACAUCCUAACCACCUCCCCAUCCCACGCCCACCUAGCAAUCCAAUCCGGCAUGACCUCGGGCUUCCGCGAGACCGGCGCCGUCUCCAUCUUACCCCGUUUAACUGCUCCCUUUUUCUCCUCCUGCCACCAGUGUCAUACUCACCAGCACCACCAGCAACCACAACAACCAUCAUUAUCAUCAUCAUCAACACCACCACCAGCAGCACCAAACUCUUCCUCAGCAGCAGCAGAGACCACCGCCACCAACACACCAAACCCCAUAGUAGCCAUCCGCUCCAUGGGCCUCUCCUUCGAGUCCCUAAUCGGCGCCCAACGCGGUUCUUCUCAAAGACAAGCCCUCGUCUCCCCGGAAUAUUUAUCUCUGCUGGUCAAAAUUGCCAAUGAGAGGUUUGAGGAGAAUAAGAAGAGGAUAGCGAGGUUAAGGGAGGCUUUGAGGCUGGCUUUUGGUGAUGAAGCUGGUGCUGGUGUUGAGGAAAAGAAGAAGAAGGGUGGCGAUGCAGGGGACUGGGAGGAUGCUGAGGCUAGGAAGCAGAGGAAGAGGGAGGAAGGGUUGGCGAGACGGGAGGAGGUUAGGAGGAGGAAGGAGGAGGAGAGGGAGAGGAAGAGGAGGGAGGAGGAGGGGAAGCAGCAGAAGCAGGAGGAUGAGGGGAAGCAGGAAAUUAAGGAGGGAAAAGAGGGCAAGGUGGAUUUGGCGGAGGUGGUUUUGCAGGUGCCUGAUGUUCUGUAGAGAUUCUUCGGCGGUCCCGUUUUGACACACAAUAUCAAUCAGCAGAAAGGACUUGACCAGGCUCUU